AUGAAGUACUUAUUGGACGAGUUUCCGUUGAACGCUAUCGAUUGCAAAGAGCCGGACUUGAUGGAUGCGCACCCAAUUCCAGACCAUAUCUAUCUUUCCGAGCAAAUCAAAGUGUGCCUAGAAGAGGGCGAAUUUGAAAUGACUCAGAACACCGAUUUCCUCAGAUAUUUUGAUAUUAGCUUAUACACAAUGGAUCUUUCCGUUUGGCCAAAGGCUAUCAGGUAG